AUGGAUCCUGAUAUAUCUUUGAAAGACGGCCCCGUGAUCCUUUUGAACUUCCACUCUCAACAUUGGCUGAAGUUGUAUUUAACAGCAGACCUGAAUCUUUUGGAUGUCUUCAUGUGUCGGUGUCCUCCUUUGAAGUCGUCUGAUUUGUUGAUGAAGAGAAAGAUGGAUGCAUAUUAUUCGCUUGGCCUUAUUCCUCCAUCACCUCAGGAGUAUCAAAUCUUGGGCCUAAAUCUUCUAAGGCUUCUGGUUCAGAAUAGAAUAGCAGAAUUUCACACUGAACUGGAGCUUCUUUCUGCUAGUGCAUUGGAGAAUCCUUGUAUUAAGCAUGCUCUAGAGCUCAAGCAGUAUUUUAUGGAAGGAGCCUGCAAUUGUGUGCUAAGUGCUAGGCAAACUGUUCCACAUAGCAUCUACGUCUACUUCAUGGAUCUCCUUGCAAAGACAGUCCGAGAUGAAAUAGCAGGUUGCAGUGAAAAAGCCUAUGAUUACUUGACCAUUGCUGAUGCUAAACAGAUCUUGAUGUUCUCUUCUGAACAAGAACUCUUAGAAUAUAUUACUGAGGAGCAUCCUGACUGGGAGGUAAGAAAUGGCUGUGUGUUUUUCCAGAAGGCGAAGGGAACAACAGCUUGCAAGGAGAUCCCAUCUUUGCAGCUCAUCAAUCAGACACUCGGCUAUGCAAGAAAACUACAAGGCAUUGUGUGA